AUGAAUCUCCAAGAGCUCAUCCAGCGCCUACGCGAAAUUUUCGACCACGAUGAGGUGAACACCGAUGAAGUCAUGCAGUUGCUCCAAAACUACAAAUCGAACAGCGGUGAUUGGUCAAAGUUCGCCAACUGGGAUCCCAACAAGUAUACCAGAAACCUUGUUGACCGCGGGAAUGGAAAGUACAAUUUGAUGGUGUUGUGUUGGCCAAGUGGAGUGGGAAGCCAAAUUCACGACCAUACCGAUGCUCAUUGCUUUGUCAAAAUGCUUGAUGGCACCCUCCAAGAAACCAAAUUCGCAUGGCCAACCCAAGAAGGCGAAAACAUGAUCGAAACCAGCCGAACAUGCUAUGACCGUGAUGGUGUCAGCUAUAUGAGCGAUGAGCUUGGGCUUCAUCGUAUGGAAAAUCCCUCUCACGUCGAUGGAGCGGUUUCACUUCAUCUCUACAGUCCGCCCUACCAGACGUGUAACGCUUUUGAUCAGAGAACUGGCCAAAAAACCAAAUGCACCGUAACGUUCUACACCAAAUACGGGCAAAAGGUCGACUAUCGUGGAUCGAAGCAAGGACGAACCCCUACCGAAGCCAUACCCAUGAACAUCUCUUGUGAAAAUACAGCGAUUGCCGGCUCACCAAUGCCCAAUUCGCUUCGU